AUUGACAUUUAGGAUUGACAGCCGACAAGUUGGCAAAAUAUUUUGGUUGUAAAUUGUAAUUUUUUUCUUAAUAAUCUUCAAUUACUUAAGUGUAUGGCUAUGUUUUAAGUAUAAAUCAUAAAUAAAGUAAAAUGUCUCAACCUAAUCUCUUAGACAUCGUUCCCGAUCAGCUAUUUCAAUCCUAUUCCAUUGCUGAUAUCGACCAAGUCCAGAAGAAACUUCAAUAUGAAAUCGAAAGAAAAAGGGAGGAAUUGCGUGCUAUGGUGGGGGAAAGGUACAGAGAUCUGAUCCACGCUGCAGACACUAUCGAAGAUAUGAAAGUUACUACAAGUAGUACAUUGAACCACAUCACAGAAAUGAUAUCAGCAUGCAGAAAUCUACACAAUACCCACUUAGUUGGUUUUAAGAUUGAUAAUAGCGUGUCAAAUGCACAACGUUUUCAGUUGAAUACAAACCCAAUGUACAGUAUGUCCAUACAAGUGAAGCUUUUGAUGGAGAUUCCUGAAAAAAUAUGGACUUGCAUAGAAGCCGAGGACUUUGUCAAAGCAACGCAAUUGUUUAUAAUGGCUAGACAUGUAAAUACAGGUUUACAGUUGCAAAUGGGUGGUACUAACAUUAAGCCAGGUAUGGAGUCACUGCAGAGACUUGUUCAUCAACAAUGGAGCUCUAUAUCAAACUUCAAUCAGACAAUCAUUAAUGUUUGCAAGCAAAAACUGCAAGAUGUUGAUAUAGGUGUUGAGGUAGCAUGUUCCUGUCUCGUGAGUCUGUACCUCCUGGACUCUCAGACGAUGGUGGAGCUCCUGGACACCCUAAUAACGCUGCACAGCAACAACAGCCUCAAGUCCACUUUACAGUUUGAUUUGGCCAAGAUAUUAGAGGGAGAUGUGAAGGCGCAAAUCAAAGACAAAAUUGUCAACGGAGUCAAGAAUGUUUUGAAGACUGUUGUGUUGGUGUAUGCGUGUUUUGUUGAUAAUGACGGAGGCGCGGUACUGGGAAGGCUUAAAGAAUUGUUCGGUAAAGAUUCUCAGCCGUUGGUUGAGUUGGUGAAAUUUAGCGACCCCCCUGCUUUGAAGCUGUUACCACCCACCAUAUCUAAUUAUAGACUAUUGACGAACAAAGAACCUCAAGCGUUAGCCAAAGAAGAGAUAACGAAAUGCGUCCAAAACUGGAACGAAUGGGUGAAAACAUUUAUAGAGACCAAUGUGCAGACACUAUUGAAUAACAUAACGAGGGUUAAGGUGUUGCACGAAAUAAGGGAAGAUGCGUUUAAAAUAGAAACACCAACAAACUGGAGCUCGAUAUGCACAUCUCUAGAUAUUCCAGACGCGCACGUGUGGUGUCACUAUUACCAACCACUAGUGACGUCCCGUGUCAAAUCGAUUAUCGAUAGUCGAUGGCUUAAAGUGUACGAUGAAUUUAAGACGCAAAUACUUGUGGACCUUACUAAAGUAUCGUCAGAAAGUGAGGUUGAGAAGGAAGCAGAUAUAAAUUGGUUCGUUUGGAAGGAUCUUAUUGGAGAGACGGUUAUCGAGUCCAGAAGUGACGUUAUUAAAGUAAUGAACUCGCUUAUGAAAGGCAUGUCUCAACAAGACAGAGGGUACACUCCGACACUUGAGAAACUGUGUCAGAGUCUUGACAGCGAACUGCAGAAACUUCUAGACGAUUUGAGGGUAUAUUUGUACAGGGAAAGGAAAGGUGCAAGUAGAGACAAGUUGCUGUUCACAUACGAUGACGAGGACGAUACGGAUCAAAUGUAUAGCGAUAAAAAUGACAUCGAAUUGUAUUUGAGAGAUGUUUCAGAUAAGAAUAUAGAAAAUAUGCAGCAAUACAUAAAGGCUUGUUUCGAAGAACCAACGCUACAAUCCACAGAGCUUCAACGAAAAACUACUGCGAUAUAUACAGCGCGAUACACGCAAGCGAUUAUGAAUCUUAUGCCACAUUUGCGUAAAUGCUACAUUCCUGAAAUUACCGAUAGUAUAGGCAUAGUACCCAUCGAUGAUAAUGCUUUAAAGCGUUGGAACGAUGUGUGUGGAGUUUUGAAACUAAAUUGCCAGUUUUGUUGGAGUAAAUGGGUCGAUAUAGUGGUAGGCAAGAUCGAAGAUUUGACCAAAGGUUUGCCCCAAGAGUUCACAUUGGAAGCCAACAUUGAUUACCUAAUGAUGCAAUGGGACGUAAUAAAAAUCACUGAAAAAGACGACGACGGUAACGCUAUAGAGUCAACAAUUAAAGUACCAUGCGGCCCUUCAUUAAAACUGCAAGAAUACUUAUACUCCGUCAGCAGAAUACUAGACGAGGUCGUACCGCACACACUACCCAUCGAAACCCACACAUCCUUCAUCGAGAAGUUGACGGACAUCACGUUCGCACACUACGACAAAAUAAUAAGAGAGAAAGAGACAGAUAUAAAUCAGAGGUGUGCGCUUCAAUUACUGAUGGAUGUGAGACAUUUAACGUUAUUGUUAGUGCCGCGAGAGAACAAGAAAACUAUGGAGUUUUCGCACGGAAUUUGCGAGUUUUUGCGACAGAAGAUAGAUCCUUUCGAUUAUGAUGUCUUCUACCCGUAUAUACAGACCAAUUUGAAACGCUCUGUUCAGCGAGUACAGACUCUGCUGGGCAGUUUGGUGCUGCAUCAUGGUCAGUUGACGGGUAUAAUUGGCACGAAGCCGGUACUAUCUGGCGGUACUGGCGACAAAGCUGCCGGCUUGUUGGCGUCCGGUGAUUCCCACUGGUUCUCAUUGCUACCCGUCGCUACACCACCGAGUCAGCUCAAAAAACAAGACAAACCGGCCAAGAAAAAGGCAGUAUCCGCAGCGAGUCCGAAUAAGUCCCGAUCGGAUAUAUCCGAUUUGAUGACCAGCUCUUUGCCGAUAAACUUCGCGAACGCGCGCUCCGGCGCAGCGUCGUUCUUCAAUUCUAUGACUUCUGAUUGGUUCAGCGGCUCGUAGUUUAUGUAUUCCAUAUUUAAAUGUUAAUUAUUAAAAUGUAUUCUUAUUGCGAAUAAAUGCUUUUAUUUAUA